UUUAAACUAGAGACGAUAGUUCCUUCUCCUGUGACUGAAACCCACAACAAACACUAAAACUGACCCCGCUCCUUGGGCUAGCGUCGGGGCUGUGGGUUAUACGAGACUCUUUCCUAGCUGCUCGGUAGAUUUUGAGCUCCAACUGUCUCUCGUCGACAGCUGUUUGAUGGGAACCCAGGAGGGAGAGCGAGAUUGGGUAGAUGUGGCAAAUGAUCUACUCAGCAAGUGUCACAUAAACGUAAGGCUGAGGAAACUGACAGACUGUGAUGCAAAUGUUUUCAUUACUCUGUAUGAAAACAUCUUGGGGGAGAAAGUUCCAGAUUACAUUGCAGCACCAUGCAGUCAAGAAGAUGACAUCCAUAACGUUCAGUCUGUGAUUGAUUCAUUGUCCCUGGAUUACCUUCAGAUCAGUCUCUCGCACAUUACAGGAGAAAAUGUUGUCAGAGGGGACAGAGAGUCUAUCAAGAACCUCCUGGAAAUCUUUGAUGGCCUCCUGGAAUAUCUCAAGGAGGAGAUAAGUGAGGAGUCACAGAAUGGUGAGGAACUGAAUGACAGUCUUAAUGAGGAGGUGCCUGGUGCAGCUAAGGAGCCAACAAGCUGCGAUGCCACUGAGAAGAAGGAUACUAAUCUGGAGGGAGCAUCUGUGUCUUCCAGUGGAGAGUCCACUGUCAGUAAACAUUCCCUCAAUACCUGGAAUUCUGAGGGGAUGGGAUCAACUAAUGAGCUCAUCGGGCUGGGAGUCUCAGCACGCACAUUCACACCCAAACAAGAAGGACUUGCUGUCCCUGCCCAAACAUCAGACAUAGUCCCCACCUCUGGUCCUGUGGACACCCAGGAUGCUCCACUGACUGAGCAGCUGCCUUCAGCCAUCGCCCUGCAGCCACCCAACCAGAGCAACACCCCCCACAAACCCGACAUGGAGCCAAACUCACCCAGCCAGUCCCCUGAAGCUGCAGGCCUCAGCCAGGGAAAAGCAGAGGAGGAAGCCGCUCCUGCAGAGACCUCUAAACCAGCAGCUGAGACCGUUGUUUCCAAUGGACUCCAGUCUCCUCCUCUUAUCCAGUCUCCUGCUGCAAGUGAGACGUCUUUGUCCAUUCAGCACAGAGCUGGGACAGAAGUGGAGGGGGAGACAAUAGAGCCGACUAACGGGGGUCCCAGGAGGGUUUUAUUCCGCACCAAGCCGGAUGUGCUCUUCCUAAACCUGCAGGAUGAAAUGGCGGCCACAACCCCUUCUCCACCAGACACUGAGGAGGAAGACCAAGAUGACGAGGAGGAUCUGCGUUAUACACCAAGACAACCAGAAAGAAGGAUGGAUCACAGAGACAGGACAGGCCUUAGUAGCAGGUUAGAGGAGGGAGAUGUGCAGGAGCCUCUGUCGUAUCGCAGACAGAGGAACAAGCAAGCAGAAGAGGAGCUGCAUCACCUGUCUGAGAACCUCUCUCAUCGACUCGAGGAACUCGAUCAGAUGCUCAAACGAGUUCUGGGUGAAAGUGGGGAGUCCAGUGACGUCAGAGAAGAGGACAAGCAGUCCCACCACAGUGACAGCAUCAUGGAGUGUCGCAGGACACCCAGACAACACACGGUUUCAGGAACAUCUGAUGCUGAACCCACCCAUCAGACACGCUCCUUAUCCCCUUCCCCUCCACGGGUCCCUCAUUCCCAGCAGGGACAGUUAGAAGGUGCUGUGGCAAAGGCCUUGAGUCUGAAUGAUGGGCGACAAACCAACCUUGCAGCUUCCAGUCAUUCACGGCGAAGAGAGUUACACCACAGAACAUCUCACAGAAAACAUAGGAAGUAUCUGGAGAAUAAGGCUUAUGAGGAGGAGCUGAAAAGAUAUGAAGACAAAGAACGGGCAAAUCUAGACAAAGCACGCCUGAAAGCCCAGGAAGCUGAGCGCCAGUACAGAGAGGCCAUACUGAGGGAUGUUUCCGAAGUUUCUAGACUGUCCCCGGCUAGAACGAAGGCCCAGCAUAGGUCACAACGUAACACACAGACCACACCAGCACGGAGACGGCAGGAGGCCUCCAGGAAAGCGUCAUCAAUGAAGGUAAAAGAGAACGAACUCCUCCCUGUGCUCCUGGAGGAGUUACCCCACCUUCACAUCUCCCCCCACACCCUGGGUCGGAUGUGGGAGCAGCAGUUGCAGCAGGUGGACAGACUCCAUGCCGCGUCUUCCUCUCAUGGUCAGCGUCGCAGCAAACUCUCUAUCCAGGUAGAGGAAGCCCAGAGGAAACACGACCUGCUGGUGGAGAUCGUUCGUAAAGAGCAGGACCACAACAGGCGUCUGAGGGACUUCAAAGAGCGCAUCCAGCAGCAGAAGUCGACUCAGAACAGACUGAGGGAACAGAGGCAGCAGAUUGCACGCGCCAAAAAGUACCACAGCGACUACCACGUCCAGCACCGCGCCCGCCUGAUGAGGGCACGCACCAAGGAGGAGAGGAUGUUUCGGCAGCUUUUUGAGGAGGGUUUGGAACUACAGAAAGUGCGGUUGAGAGAGCAGAAAGCCCACGCCAGGGAGCAGCGGCUGGAACAUCAGAGACGACACGAGGACCAGAUCAAGUCCAUGGAGAACUACUACAAAGACCAAUUUUCACUACUAGCUGAAAAACUUGCACAAGAGCGACAGGAGAUCCAGGUUCGCAAAAAAGCUCAAGAAAAGGCCCUGCUGAAGAUGAAGCGAGAGCUGCGUUCCAGGAUGGAGCGUGAGAUCGGUGAACUGCAGAAGAUCAUCAUCCAGAACGACGAGGACGAUUAUUUCCAGGAUCUGGAAGUCCAGAGGCUGCGCAAUCGGGUCCAGGUGGCUUCCUUCCAGUACAACACUAGCUAUCUGAACUGACCAGAGAAACGAGACACAGGGUUAAGCCUCGCUGAAUCAAGGCCUCAUUUACACCAGAGGAACGUGCUGCGGAGGACUUUGUUUCUUUCUUUCACAGCUAACGGUACGACGUUUUGACAGCUGAACGGUACGGUCUUUUUCAGCAUCUUCCUUCAGAUUUGCACAGAAGAGGAAACUCACAUUUUAAGAACUUACAAAAGUCCUGAUGAUUAUUAAUGAACUGAACACACUGACAAAAUGUAGCUAUUAGCUAAGUUAGCUAACUCUUCCUCUUCACCUCAGCUGCUAUACCUGAACUUAACGACACCUUGGACCAAGUCCUCUUCUUCCAUGGGUUUUAGUACUUGAUAACUAAGAAUGUUUCAAAUUGCUCCUUCACUGUGCAGUCUUUAUGUGCUGAUAUUGUAGCAAACAGUUAGUAAAAAUGUUCUUCCUCUUGCCAAAUAGGGACCACAGAUGCAAAGUUAACAAGUUUGAAUGUCCCACAAUGACAGAUUUUUUACUUAAAUUUUUUCCCCAUGUAUAUGUUCGAUGUCUUCCUUUAACGAUUUAACCAUGUCAGUGAAUUAUUUAUUUUUUAACUUUAACGUUGAUUUUUAAUUAUCCUGGUGUUGUGCUGUCUGAUCACCAGGGGGCGAUGAUAAUCAGUCUUUGUGACGACUUCUCCUCAGCUCCAUUGAGAUUGUUUUUAACUCCCAACCACAACUAAACACAUGGUAGUUUAAAACCAAUACAAAGGGUUGCGAUGUAAAAACACCGUCUCCUGAUAUUGUCAUUGUUUCUAAUGAGUACACAAAUGCCCCGUCAUCAUCCUCCAUUAAACGUGUUGCUCACUCA